ACACUGGCAAUAAUCAAUAAUUCUUUUUUUCCUUUAGUAUUUAAUCAUGUACCAAAUUGAUACUCAAAUUUAGCCUUGCUGAAGUUACCGAAGAAAUCACAUCUUAUGGAAAUAAACAUGCCAUAUUUUCCAUAAUCACGUUCAGCUGUAUCGAAUAUGAAAAUUCUGAAGCGAAAAUUGAUAUUAUUUCUAAUUAUAUACUAUUUCAAUGAGACUCUAAGAAAUUCAGAAAGACUGUAGUCGAGAAAAAUCGUAAAUUUUCAAGUUGGAUUUGUUCCAAUGGGUCGACGACACAUGCAAUCAAUGCUCCUUCCUACGAAGAUGAUGUAAACAAAACCACGUGAUUGUAGCAAGCACGCACGCACGCCUACAAUAACCUUUGGAGCUAGGGUUGAAAGUUCGGACUAUUAUUCAAGGUUGACUUUAUUCUCCGGAAAAUCCGAAAACCGAGUUCUCAGCUCACAUGACAGCUUUACUCAAAAUGGCAGCAGAAGCUGUGACAAGAGUUGUACUAAGAUGUGAGAAGGCACAAGAAGAUAAACAAUUAGAUUUAUCAAGUUGUCUCUUAGAAGCUGUUCCGCAAGCAGUCUACCAUCUCCUGAGAAACACCGAGUUGUCAACCCUUGACCUUUCCCAUAAUGCACUCACUAUAAUAUCAAAGAAACUUCCUUUGAAAUUCCCCAAAGUUACAGCUCUAAACGUUUCAGAUAACAAGGUUGAGAAGUUACCCGAUGAAAUCAAUGAGAUGACUCUCCUAGAAACAUUGAAUGUCUCGCACAACCAGCUAUCCACCUUGCCAGAGAGCUUCUAUGAAUUGCCAGCCCUCAGAAUAUUAGAUUUGAGCCACAAUGUAAUCACAGAUCUAGAUGCAAGCAAACUGUGUGGAAUGCCUGGAAUCCAAGAAAUCAACCUGGAGCACAAUCCACUACCUGGUGAUAUCUGCACUCAACUAUUACAACUAUCUCAGGAAUCUAACAUAAAACUUUUAAUAUCAGAGCCGCCUUCCUCAGAUCACAUGGAUUAAAGGCAAUGUUUUUGUUGUUGCUUUGUUUUGUUUUUUUGGGGGGUAGGGGGAUUCAGUGCCCCUCCCGCCUCCUGCUUCCUCCUUGUUAAUAUCAGAGCUGCCGCCAUCAGAUAAAUUGGAUUGAAGGCAAUUUAUUGUUUGUGCUGUGCCCCUUCCCCCACCCCUUUCCCUUUCACACUGGACAUUUAUCAUGUUUGUCUUUCUGUAUUCUAUUUUUUUUUUUUUAAACCAAGAUUUAAAUAGGUUUCAAUACAACAUGGCAAGUUCUCUCGUCCCAAGGAGGUCGUUACAAUGAGACUUCACUGUACAUGCAUGCAUCUGAAACAUUAUACAAAAGUCACCGCUAGUGCAUUGUCCUUUUCCCUGAAUUAUUUUAUUAUAUGCCAUGAACUUUGUGUGUGAAGAAGGUGAAAUAAGAAAAAUUAGGAUUUUUAAAAUAAUUUUCUUACAAAAAAACAAUUGGCUGAAAAGAAGUGAGAUAUACAUUGCUUUACAAUUUUUUUGUGAAUCCAUCUACUUUGAAGCAUAUUCUUACAAUAGUCAAAUACAUUGAGGUCAAAUUUGUUGAGGUUUCAAUUUGAAUCUGGGAGAGCAAACCCUUUUACUGUUUAC